AUGGAUACAGAAGAUGACACAUUAUCACACAAACGUGCAACAUUACAAAUUGAAUUUAUUCGUCAAAAAUUACCAUUUAUUACAUUUUCGUUAUUCAAAAACAUACAACAAUUAUGUUCAAUUAUAUUUACGUCAUACAAUUACAUUUAUUCACGGGGUUCAGCAUUAGAAGAACCAAUAUCACCAACAAUUCAACAUGAGAAAAUAUCUAAUAAUGAAGAAUUAAUAGUUCAUGUAGAAGAAGACUUAACAGAAUUAAAUGAAAAUAAAUUAUUUUACGAUGAAUAUAUAAAUCACAAAGAAGAUGCUGAAUCAAUGCAAAAGAUAAGUAUAUGA